AAAAUGUGACAACGACAAGUACGACAACGACAAGCAACAACACUCAAAAGCUAACCUAAAUCUCGUAUUUUGUUUAGCAUAAAUCCGUGUGUAAAAACAUUAUAUCCAGUGCAAAGGCAGAAAAUUAAGUAAUUUCAAUAACAUGGCUGACGAAGAAUAUGAGGCGGACGAUGCGGGGGCAGAUUACGAUGAUAUCGCGGAAGAGGACGAUAACAUUGAAGAAACUGAGGAACAGGAGGAGGAAGGAUACAACGUGCAAUGUCUGGCCCCUGGUCAGGCUGGUGGGGGAGUUGAGAAGUCAAAACGCAUCACUACACGAUACAUGACCAAGUACGAGAGGGCUAGAGUUCUGGGGACAAGAGCACUGCAAAUAGCUAUGUGUGCGCCCGUGAUGGUAGAGCUUGAAGGAGAAACAGAUCCAUUACAGAUAGCUAUGAAAGAACUUAAACAUGGGAAGAUUCCAAUCAUCAUCAGACGUUACCUCCCUGACCAUUCCUAUGAAGACUGGAGCAUAGACGAACUUAUUAUCAUAGAUCAUUAAGAAAUAACCACAGACAAUUAAACCAAUUUCUUUU